GGUUGUUUCUUCCCCUCAUUCAUGAUCGUACCGCGGCGCGAGGUAGAGUUUCACUAAGGUCGCUUAGCGCAUAAAGUAGAAUCGGCAAGAACGCCAAGUCUGAGCGGAAGGGUUCGCCGUCACGACUGGACCCAUCCCGUAUCGACUCCCUCCGACCCCAAGGCCUCUCUCGCUCAACAUCUCACCCACUCACACUCGCUACAUACCAUUUCUGGAGAUAUCGGAAGAUCCCACGGCGCGAACGACCAUUAUCCACAGGCACCAGGGCCUCAUUUUGUUGCGCGAUUGCCUCGAGGAGGCUGUGCUCGGCCCCCCGGCCAGCCGCUCACUUCGCAAUGGACCGGAGAUCUCUGCUGGACGAUGACCAGAACCCGGCCAACGAGCGAACAGAUGUGUUCAGCGAUGAGUUUGAGGUGGAUGACUGGGACAUUGGUGUAGCCGACGGCUUCCGGCCGACUGCAGGGAGAAACAGUGAGGAGAGGGCAGCGCGCCACGGCGCGACGGAAGACUUGGAGGAUGGAACACCUAUACGGACGGUGUCUGCACAUUACGCCCCUGCACCGCCGGUGGGAGCGAGUGGGACGAGGGACUCUGUCCGGAAAUCAGGGAAUCGUGCGAACCCUUUUGCCAGCCCCGAGGACGUCGAACCGGAACGAGGGAACAGUCUCGAAUUCGAGCCGGAAUCCAACUUUGCGCAUCGUACAUUGUCAACGGCGUCGUCACGGAUAUACGCACAGACAGAUAGCCCGAGGUUUGGAGCGGGACCGAGCCAUCCGUAUGGAUUAUAUACCCAAGCAACGAUGCCGAGAUCACCCAGCGCGCGGACGGCGGCAUCCUCAGCACGACAUCCGUCACAACGACAGUCCUUUCAACAGAAUCUCCCCCAACACCCAUACGCUAUGUACCCGCAAGCUAUAGACCUGGACGACGUCGAUGCCGACGAUGACGACGCAGACCAGAUACGACCGAACCCGGUCCCGGUUGGAUUCCCUGGUUUGGGACAGAACUAUACUCGGCGAUUAGGUCCGGACGGCGAGGACCAGGGCAUUAUCGAUGAGGUUGGACACACAGAACAACUACCGCCCUACAGUCGAUAUCCAGAAGACGGGCCAGAGAAGAUGCCUCUACUACCGCCAACAUUACACAGCCGAGCUCCAGUGGAAGGGUCAGACCCCACGAUGGCGCUUAUGCACACCACACUCCAGCCCAGCCCGACACCAGUACAGCAAUCUAUGACGGAUGAGUCUGCUCUAAACCGAAACUCCGUCGCGCACAGUAUGACUCGGAUGUUGUCCACAUCAAGUGCGACUGGCAGCAGUGCCAAGAAGAGUUGGCAACAUAAAACAUGGAAGGAGAGAACAUGGCGAGAAAGACGGUGGACACGUUUCUGUGGCAUACCCUUCUGGGUGAUACUGCUCGUUAUUGGUGUCUUUCUGUUCAUCGCCACUGUGCUCGGCGGUGUAAUUGGGGGAUACAAAGCCGGAGGCAAGAGUGCCAAAACCACAAAGGCUGCUACGACUACCGUCGUGACGUCGCUAUACGAUGCUAGUCUCAUGCCAUCACCCACGUCAGGCGGUCCUCCUACGGGCACUUUUGCUCUCACCCUUGGAGAUCCCGAGGAGGUUGUAAACGACUGUCUGGCCAACCGAGACCUGGCGAUGGCCUGGGACUGUAACUUGGCACCCAAUCCCAAGCUGGGCAUAUCCAUCGUCGAAUCGUCGGAUCCCGACCAAGGCAUGGGAGCAACACUCUUCUACAAUUCGGACGACCCAUCGAUCGCCGCCGGUGCGCAAUUGGCGUACAUGGACACCCAGUUCUCAUCAUUUUUGACUGUCCUCGACAACGAUGAUCAAGAUAAUGGACUGGCAUUCUACUUUCAAUCGUGGUACGACAAAGUCGUGGUUGUACCAGAGGGCAGUAUCAACCUAGCAGGGCCGAGCAAGCGAGGCCCGCCGAAGAAGGCCUUCGUUGGUUCCAGCUUCCAAGUUCCCGACGCAUGGAAAGGCCGCAAGCAAACGCUCACGCCUGGCGAAAAGCCGUGGUUUUGCGUUUGGAACGAUACAUUCGUGGAAGGCUUCAUCUAUGUCAAUGAGCCAUCAGUAACCCUCACAACCAGCAGCAGCUCGAGUUCGAUCACACCUCCUCCGUCGACACAGGCAGGCUCCGCAAGCUCGUCUACCGUGACGGAUAGUCCGACUACAGGCUCUGAGAGCUCAAGCGGCACAACGGCGGACAUUGCAACGACCACGGCCGCAGCGGAUAUCAUCACAAAAACCAUCGUCAACCCAUUUACCACGGCGGUCUACACAGGACCAGCGUCCGAACUUCCUCCUUGGGCCAGCGGCGAAGCCAUGAGAGCCAAGCAGCGAGCGGCGUACGCAAACAGCAUGCAUCAGAAACCCAAGCGACAACUCCCCGCCCGAUACCCGGAUAUGCCGUUCGUCGUCAAAAUCGAGGAGCGUCGACUAGCCGAGAGUCCCCAGCCGUACUGUCAGCAGUAUCAGAUCCUCGACAAUGGCCACGCGAACUGGGCGCCCGGUCCGGACGGCAAGCCGAUUAUGGUGUACUUGGACGAGCUCGAUCCGAUACAGACAGCUGACGCAGCGGCCACGGGUACGAUUGCUGCAAGACAUGCCAAGAGGAACGGCGAACCUGUGCCGAACUCAUGCCAUUGCCAAUGGAUGAGUGGAGAUCCGAGUAUGCAAGGCGUCGGAUAUGCCGGUCACUGCGGCUUGCUUUUUGGGAUGGUCUCCUUCGUUGCUUCACCCAUCGUGAAAGGUCGCAUCAAAGAUGUCGAUGGCUUGACGAACGACUUCCCUGUCCGUCGGGAAAAGUAA